AUGGGCAGCAAUCAAGCAGCGGUUUCAUUCCUUACCAACAUAGCACGCGCCGCCUUCAGCCUCAGCGUGGGAGCCACCGUCCUGAAUUCAUCACUCUACACCGUAAACGGUGGCCAAUGCGUCGUCCUGUUCGAUCCAUUUCGUGGUGUGAUCGAUGAAACUAUCGGAGAAGGUCUCGAGUAUGAUGAGAAGGUUCUCCCUUCGAUCGGAAAUGAAGUGCAUAAAGCUGUUGUUGCGCAAUUUAAUGCGGAUCAGUUGCUCACAAAGCGUCCUCACGUGUUCGCACUCCUUCGUGAGAGUCUGAUUCGCAGGGCAAAGGAUUUCAACAUUGUGUUGGAUGAUGUGACUACGGCUGCUGGAAUGGGCCUGAUCUAUCUAAGGAGGAUUGAGGCGUCAAGGGAGAACACAGCCACCAUGUCCAAGAGUCCCAAUGUGAUGUACCUGCCCAAUUAG